AUGAUUGGAAGUGGUAGAUGUUUACAAAACGAGAUUGAAAAUGUUUUGGAAUCUUUUUUGAGUGAAUUGUCUUUAAGUUGUGGAAUUUGUGAUUGGGAAGAGAAUGGAAAUGAAAAAAUAAUUUCUUUGGCUUUUGAGCAUGCCAACACUCAUUCCGAACAAUUUAUUGAAAUCACAAAACAAACUGAUUCAAAUAAAGAAGAAGAAAUUAACGAAAAUAAAAAUAUUAACAACAAAAACUUUGAGGAAAAAGAAGACAAUUUAAUUAAUUGGGAACAAUUAGAUAAAUAUUUAAUUAAUGCUGGAUUGGCUAAAUAUAUUAAAAGUGAAGAAAAUAAUAAUAAUUCUGAACAGAAAUUAGUUAAAUGUUCUUUUUGUCCUGCCGAAUUUACUAUGCCUAAAUUGUCUAAGCAUAUUUCUGAGGAGCACUCUAUUCCCGUAGAUAUUGCCCACCAAUUAACCAACCAAAUUGACGAAGAUUAUCAACAUAAAAUGCCCACAAAUCAAGAAAAAUUGUUGGAAGAUUCUAUUGUUUGCAGUUCCUCCUCCACAUCCUCAAUGCCUACUAACUUGCCAACUUCAUCUGUCCCUUCAAAUAAAGAAGACGAAAAUAAUAUUCCUUCAACUUCCUUUAAACAACAAUCAGAAGAAAAUAUUUUUAGUUAUAAAUGUACUCAAUGUUUAAAUAAUAUUGCUUUUCGAACUGAAGAACAAUUAAAGGCUCAUUCACUUUGCCAUUCACCAGCACGUUUUAAAUUAAAAAGAAAAAUUGGUGGAAAUGAAAAACAAAAAAUAUUUAAAUGUGAUGUUUGUCAAGAUUGUUUUGAUACAAAUGGGGAACUUUUAGAACAUUUUAAUUCCGAAAAACAUUUACAAAAAGCCGCAGAGAAAACAGGAGGAAUGGAAGAAGAUGAAGUUGUUAGAUCACGUCUAAAUUCAAAUCAAUUCUCCUCAACCUGUUCAACAUCCAGAACUCCAUCAAAAUCUUCAACUUCCAAACAAUAUUCAAAUUCCCGUCGUAAUAGUGCCAAUUCUUCUAAUAACAAAUAUUUACCUUAUAUUUGCAAUAUUUGUUCACUCUCUUUUGGUCAACCAGGCACUUUAGAUACCCAUCUUAGAUCAACAGCACAUGCACAAAGAAUUGUUAAAUUAAAUGAAUUAGUCAAAUCUGGAGAAAUAAAUCCACAAGUGCCAGUUUUUGAACAGCCUGAACCUCAUCCACCUCAGCGAAGUAUUGGAGAGCUUUUACGUGAAAAGAAAAAGCAACAAAAAAUGGGAAAGCUAACAGCCAUUCCAACACAACAACAACCCUCAAUUCCAUCAACCUCAACAACUUCUGAACAAAAUAAUAAUAUUCUAGAUUGGUGGAGAAAUAAUUUAUCAGAGCAAUCAACAAAUAAUAAUUCUAAUUUGAUUAAUACUUUUAUGUCACAAAUAUUUAAUAACGAUUCUCAACAAAAACAACAAAACGAUGUUGAUCCUUUUUGUACUUUACAAAUGGCACAAAUAGCACAAAUGAUGUUAAGUGCCCAAAUGACUGCAGCUGCACAAAUGGCUUCUUUGAAUUCUGAAAAUGGAGGAAAUGGUUUUUUGGAUCUUCUUGGCAUUAAAAAUGAAGAAGAAACAAUUAUUAAUAAAGAAGUAGACAAUAAUCAAGAAUUAAAUAAAAGUGUUAGUCCAUAUGAAGAGCCUCGAGCCAAAAAACCUAAAACUGAACGAAAAUUUUCUGAAAAGCCAGGAAAUAAUGAAAUAAAGAAAAAUAGCCAAAAUAAUCAAAUUAAUGAUAAUUCUGAUCAAAAUGGAAGUUUUAAUCAAAAUAAUAAUUACGGAGAUUUUGCUUCUGUAUUGCGUGCACUUACUUCUUCCUCUGCUAAUUUUGCUGGUGCUGAACAAUCAACAACAACAAAUUUAUUAGAUACUUCUUCUGACCCUCUUUCUUCUCAAUUUCCUUCAAAUCAAAUAACAUCGACAGAUGAUCCAACAGCUUUUUUAAUGGCAACAAUGGCUGCUGCAGCAACCCAAAAUGGUGGAGGAAAUAACAAUAAUAAUCAGACAACAACGACAAAUAACAAUAAUAAUCAACAAACAAAUAGUGGAAAUCAAUCUCCUUCAGCACAGCAAAAACGAGCCAGAACAAGAAUUGGUGAUGAUCAUGUUAAGAUUUUACGUCAGUAUUUUGAUAUUAACAAUUCUCCAAGUGAAGAACAAAUUAAGGAAAUGGCACAACGAACAAAUUUAGCUGAAAAAGUAAUAAAGCAUUGGUUUCGAAAUACUUUAUUUAAAGAACGACAAAGAGACAAAGAUUCUCCAUAUAAUUUUAGUAUACCUCCACAAAUGAGUAUAGAUUUGGCUACUUAUCACAAAACUGGAGAGGCUAAAAUUGUUCCGUUAAUUAAACAAGAGAAAGAAGAAAAUGAAUCAAUGGGGGAAGAAGAGGAUAUUAUCAGAAAUGUUGAAGAAAAUUCAAAAAUAAUUGGAAAUUAUCAAAAUGAAAUGAAAGAUUAUUCUGACCAAGAAUUAGAUGAACAAGAAAUGAGUGAAGAUAAUAGGGAGGAAGAAGAAGGGGAAGAAGAAAAUAUUUUAAUUAAACAAAAGGAGGAAGAAAAUAAUGAAGAACAAAAAAAUUUGAAGAAAAAAAAUAAAAAAUCAUUUUUAAACAAAACUUUGGAUAAUUUAGGAGGAAAUGAAACUAAAUUAAAUUUAAAUGAACAAUUUAAAAGUAUAGAAUCUGUAGCUGCUGAUUUAUUAGCAAGUAUUGGUAGACAAUCUUUGUGUGAUGAAGGAGGAGGAAAUAAUUCUGGAAUUGAAUUUUCACAAGAAAAUCAACAAUUACUUUCACCUUCUCAUUUAAAUGGCACAUCUUUAAAUUUCGACACAGCUGGACAAUUUGCCCAAUUAAUGUUUUCUUCUGCAGCCGCGGCUGCAGCAGCUGCUGGAAUACCUUCCUCCUUUUCUUCAUUUAAUUUAUUUAAUCCUUUUGUAUCCAACAAUUCUAUUGAUUCAACUAUUUUACAACAACCAUCAGCAACAACAACACAACAACAAGUUGAUAUUCUUAGUCAAUUAAUUAAUUCAUCUUCUUCUACUCAACAAACAAUAACAACAAAUUCUUCAAUUCCUUCUUGUUCUUCCUCAACUUCAAUUAAUUCAAUUAAUCAAAUAAUACAACAACAGCAACAAUCAACAGCAACAACAACCCCAAAUAAUUCAACUACAACAACAACAAAUAUAGUAAUGCCUGGUGGAGGUUCUAGUGGUAGAAGGGCAAAUCGGACUAGAUUUACUGAUUUUCAAUUGAGAACAAUGCAAGACUUUUUUGAUAAACAAGCAUAUCCUAAAGAUGAUGAUUUAGAAAUGCUUAGCAAAAAACUUGGACUAUCUCCACGUGUUAUUGUUGUUUGGUUUCAAAAUGCUCGCCAAAAAGCUCGUAAAGUAUUUGAACAACAACCUCAUUUAAUGGCACACCCAUCAAUUAUUGAACAAAUAACAACAGAAGGCCGUUUUGCCCGUACACCUUCAUCAACUAAUUUUCAAUGUAAAGUUUGUGGGCAAGUAUUUCAACGUUAUUUAGAAUUAAUUCAACAUCAACAAAGAAUUUGUUGUUCUGUUAAAUUAGAGGAACAACAAAAUAAUGAGGGGGAUUUUAAUGUUUCUGAUAUUUUAAAUGGAAAAGAGGAAAAUGGAAUUGAAGAAGAAGAAAAUAAUAAACAUUUAUUUUUACAGCAACAAUCUUCUAAUAUUGAAAGUAGUUCACAAGAAAUGCUUUUAUUUAAUCAAUUAUUGGCUGCUGCUGGAUGUUCACAUCAACAAAUAAAUCAAAUGAAAAUUGAUGUUCCAUCCUCUAAUAACGUCUCAACAAAUGACACUUCCACAGAGUGUCAAUGCCCACUUUGUGGUUUACAAUUUAAUUGUAAUGAUAAACUUGCUAAACAUAUUUCUGAAAAUCAUUUUUCUUCUUCUUCCUCAACAAAUUUUUUUAAUUUAAAAGAAGAAAAUUAUGAAAAACAACAAAAUCCCUUAGAUUUAACAAUUAAUAAUAAUCGUUUUAAUGGUUAUAAAACAGAAGAGGAAAUACUAGAAGAAGAAAUUGAAGAAGAAAAUGAAAGACAAAAUAAUAAUGAUAGUACAGGAGGAGGGGGAGGAUAUUUUGUUUCUAAUGAUCCUUCACUUUCUCCAACAAAUGAAGGAGGAAAUAAUGAAAGUUUAUUAUUAAAUGAAUCUUCAUUAGCUGCAGCACUUCUGUUGCCGUCUUUAUUUGGAGGACAAAAACGAAUAAUAAAUGAUGGAAUAAAUCAAAGACAAAGACCUCAAAGUCAAUCAAAUAAUUCGAAACGUUUUAGAACACAUUUGACGCCUAUGCAAGUUUUUGUAAUGAAGUCAUUAUUUCACGACUACAAAACUCCAUCAAUGCAAGAAUGUGACUCUUUAGGUCGGAGAAUUGGACUAACCAAACGAGUUGUUCAAGUUUGGUUCCAAAAUACUAGAGCAAAAGAAAGAAAAGCUGGUAGCAGUAGUGGAAGUGCUGAACCAGAAGAAUUAAUUCCUUGUUGUGGUUCUUCCAUUUAUUGUCAACUUUGUGAUAUGCCAUUUGGAAAUAAUUUAAAUAACAAUAAUAAUAGUCAAUUACUUCAAGAACAUAUUUUUACUGAAAAUCACAUAGAAAAAGUAAAAGAAAAAUGUUCUCAGUUAAAAACAACAAUUAGAGGAUGUUCUGUAAGUAUUGGAGGUGAUGAACAACAAAAUUUGUCAUUUUUGGAUGAAAAAAGAGAAGGAGAAGAUAAUUAUGAUGAAGAAAAAAUUGGUGAAAAUUGUGAUUGGAAUAAUGAAUUAAUUGAUGAUGGAGGGAUAGGGGGAGGAGGAGGAGAAAAUAAAGAAAGAAAUAAUCAAUCAUCUUCCUCUUCUUUAUCACCACAACAACAGAUUGGUCAAUCAUUAACAGCUGCAGCUGCAGCUCAAUUACCUUAUUAUGCUUUAGCAGCGGCAGCUGCUGGUGGAAUUGGGGGAAUGCCAAUGAAUGGUUUACUUCCACCAUUACUUUAUGACCCACUUUUGUUCGGCACACCAGUUUCGGCACUUAAAGUCCCAGAAACUGUUUCACAACAAAUUAUUACCGAUAUGUCUUCUGGAAAGGGACAAAGUUGUUUUACACAGGAUGGAUUAGAAAUUAAUAAAUUGGAAAGUAAAUUAGCUGAUAAUUUUGGAUUUUUAAGUUCUGUUGAUUUGGAGGUUGGUUGGGGUUGUCAAAAUUGUAAUAAUGUCUUUCAACAACCAGAAUUACUUCAAAAUCAUUGGAAAUUAAUUUGCCCGGCAGGGGAGGAUAUUGGUGCUUUUAAAUUGAUACAAACACAUUAUCAAUGUAAUCCUUGCCAGAAAAAAUUUGGAACACAGGAUGACUUUUGUGAUCAUUGCCUUUCUGUGGAACACAAAACAAAUUGUAGAGCAAAAAAAGAAAGCAAAUAAAUUUCUGUGGCCACUUCUUGUCUCCUGCAAAUAAAAAUAAAAGAUCUCUUUAAAUAAAAUUUAUUUCUUACCAUUUUUAAUUUUUAAAAUUCAUUUCCUUGUAGUAAAUUUUAUACUAAACACAUAACCGUUCCUAUAAUGGAAUAAUCCCCAAAAAUAUUUCUUUAAAAUUUUUUUACAAAAACAGUUAAAUAAAACCAUCAAAAUAUAUUUACUACAACAAAUCUUUUAAAUAUUUUUUACCGGUUUUUGCUCUGGUGUUUAGCUUUAAUGCAUUGAAUUUCCUCAUUUUUUAUUGAGAUUUAAAUAUUUUUUUUUCAAUAUUUUUUAAUAUUAUCUGAAUAUUUUUUUACGAAUUUUCUAUAUACCUAUUUUCUUUUGAUUAUUCACCACCACAAAAUCCUCAUAAAUAGCAGGACAUUUAUAUAUUCUCGUCAAUUAUAUAUUUUUUUGUUUAUUCAUUAUUAUACAACGAUAAUUAAAUAUACUUUAAAUAUACUCCCCUUCCCUUACACAAUUUGUCACAAAAUUUUUGUCUUUCGCAAAAAAAUAUUUU